GUAUUGUCUUUACACGGAAUGCUCCGCGUGCGGCGUGAGUGAGUCACAUGUAUAGUGUCCUCUCGCGUGCUGUUAUAAACCAGUUUAUUUUACUUGUAUGCUAGUUUAUUAACUAAAAUAUUGAAUGUAAGCUUAAAAGAGAACUAUUUGUCAGCGUUUGUAGCCAGUUGCUAGCUUGCUAACACCUAUUAAUCUCAUGAGCAGGCCUGAAAGCUAUAGCGGCUCACGGAUUAUCUCCAACGGAGAAGCUGAAGCGUUUCUACCGGCCCGUUAGUGCAGCAAGGUGAUCGCUUGUCCUGCUCGUUAUUAGGAGUAUGAGCUCGUUAGCUCGCUCUCGGUCCGAGGUGUUUGGAGAAAUCCGGAAGGAGCUGUAUGAUGACCAUGAAUUUCGACAGGUUACUCAUGUCUUUGUUAUCAUGGGCGCCUCGGGGGAUCUUGCCAAGAAGAAGAUUUACCCCACCCUUUGGUGGCUCUUUAAGGAUGGACUCCUACCAGAGGAGACCUACUUUGUUGGGUUUGCGCGUUCCCACCUGACCAUGGAUGACAUCCGGGCUGCCUCUUUACCGUACAUGAAGGUUAAAGAUGUGGAUAAUGAGCGUCUCUCAGCAUUUUUCCAAAGGAACUCUUACCUGGCCGGACACUAUACAGAGGGAGAAUCUUUCUCACAGCUGCAGUCCCACCUGAACUCUUUGUGCCAUGGUACAGGUGCCAACUACAUCUUCUACCUGGCAUUGCCACCCACCGUCUACCACAACGUCACCUCCAACAUUCGCCAGCACUGCAUGAGCAACAAGGGUUGGAGCAGGGUGAUUGUGGAGAAACCGUUUGGCCGGGAUCUGCAGAGCUCAGAGGAACUGUCAGCACACCUCUCUUCCCUCUUCACUGAGGAUCAGAUCUACCGCAUAGACCACUAUCUGGGCAAGGAGAUGGUGCAGAACCUCAUGGUACUCAGGUUUGGGAACAGAAUUUUCGGCCCUAUCUGGAAUAGGGAAAGUGUUGCCAGCGUUGUUCUCACUUUUAAAGAACCCUUUGGAACUUAUGGGAGAGGAGGAUACUUCAAUGACUUUGGUAUUAUCCGUGACGUCAUGCAAAAUCAUCUUCUCCAGAUGCUCACCCUGGUUGCCAUGGAGAAGCCUGCUUCCACCAACUCGGAUGAUGUGAGAGAUGAGAAGGUGAAGGUAUUGAAGUGCAUAGCACCAGUGGCUCUACAUGAUGUUGUGUUAGGGCAGUAUGUGGGAAACCCUGAAGGGGAAGGGGAAGCUAAACUGGGUUACUUGGACGACCCCACCGUUCCCAAAGGCUCCCACACGGCCACUUUCGCUACUGCAGUGCUCUACGUCCAUAACGAACGCUGGGAAGGGGUUCCCUUCAUCCUGCGCUGUGGAAAGGCCUUGAACGAGCGCAAGGCUGAGGUGAGGCUGCAGUUCACUGAUGUGCCAGGUGACAUCUUUAAUGCACAGUGCCAGAGGAAUGAGCUGGUGGUGCGUGUGCAGCCUGAUGAGGCUAUUUAUGCCAAAAUGAUGAGCAAAAAGCCUGGAGUGUACUUCAACCCCGAGGAGACAGAACUGGACCUGACCUACCGUAGCAGAUACAAGGACGUGAAGCUUCCUGAUGCCUACGAGCGUCUAAUUCUGGAUGUGUUCAGUGGAAGUCAGAUGCACUUUGUGCGCAGUGAUGAGCUCAGGGAAGCCUGGAGAAUCUUCACUCCUCUCCUCCACCAGAUGGAAGCAGAAAGGACACAACCAAUCCCUUACACAUAUGGAAGCCGUGGACCUAAAGAGGCAGACGAGCUGAUGAAGAGGGUGGGAUUCCACUAUGGAGGAACGUACAAGUGGGUCAACCCUCAUCCCAUGCAACACUCCAAUCACUGAUCAUUGAUUAAGACUUAAAUUGCCAAAGAGAAUCAAGCCCAAAUUCAGGAGAUGAACCUGUUAAUCAAUGAAAGUGUUAACUCGCCAUGUACACGAGAUUUCUAUUUUCUACAAAUUCGCUUUUUCCCCCCCCUCUGUGAAUGUUUUGUACAAUUGGGAACGUGUUUACAGCUACUUUUUUUUUUCCCAAAUCAUGAUUGAUUAUGCUCCAUACCUCUUCAUUUAGUGGUAAUGCUUCUCUUGACUGUGUUGUUUGAUUUGAUUGUAAUUUGCAAGCUCUCAUUUUCAUCUUUCUCUUUCAAUCUUUGACCAAAUCAAGGCACAGUAAAUUUUAGUUAAACUAUUCCAUGCAAUGAGCUUCACCUUCCUUAUUUUUCCUCAUAGAGUGACGGGAACAGCAAAAUGUAAGCACAAUUCUAGAAAUGGUGUUUGCUGUGGUGUGUAGCAGUGGUUUAUGAGUUAAAAGCAAAAAGUUCACUAUUUUAUAUAACUUUUGCAGUAUUAUUAUAAUAGUUUUGCUGCUGCAUUUGUACAGUAUAUAUGUUACAGUAUUUUAGUGGACUAGCCCUUUUUGAGCCCUAUGUGUAUUAUUGACGUGUUCAAAUCAAUACAGGGUUUUUCCCAAAAGCUAGGAAGGCUAGUUUAGUUUUCAGACGUGUAUGCAUGGGUGUGUGCAUGGGUGUGUGGCUCAACAAACUGCCACACACGGUGAGUCAGCAAGGUAUAACAGAGUGCAAUAUACUGAUUGGAUGCCAUUCUGUGUAAAAUUUUCCAACCUGCUAUAAAUCACUUAAUCUUCAAGCCAGGCCAGGUCCGGUCUGGACACAUUGCAAUCAGUGUUCACAUCUUCAAACAUUGAGUGUUUUGAGACGUGUCACGUCACUGACCCUUCUGGUUGUGACUCUUGCUCUCAGGUACAUGGCCUAGCCGGGGGGAGUGUUGUCACUCAGCUCGGAGGAUAAAUCAGUGGUGUGGUAUAAACUGGAAUGUGUUAAGUGGAUAAACGCAGUGUUAACAACAAGCUGGAAUGUGCUGCAGUCAUCUACUUGUAUGUUUUCCUAUACUUCUGAGUUCAGUCUUAAAUUAAAAAAAAAAAAAAACCAUUUCAUACCUAAAA